GUUGCAGUCUGUGCUGUUUGCCAAUGCCAAACCGAAACCAAAACAAAACGUUGCUUCAAAUCAUGAAACUGAAUAUUUUGUUUAAUCUUAAUAAUUUAAAGUAGUUCAAUUCAAGUAAUAAACUUCAAUUCAUAUGUCACAGACUGUUCAUAGUGAACAUGUUUCCCACAAAUCAUAAAACCAUAUUCGUGUUAGAUCAUACUCCAUACUUUGGGAUAUCUUCCGAUAAUCCUAUAGAUUUCGAUGUUUCAAAAAGCCGGGGUCCAGGGUAUGUCCCAUUGCCACCAGUUUGUAAAUCUUUGUGGACGUGCAGCGUUGAGGCAGCAGUUGAGUACUGUCGCAUAGUUUGGGACUUGUUUCCCGAAGGCAAAUUGGUGAGAUUUAUAGUGAGUGACUCAGCAGCUCACAUAUUAAAUACUUGGGCGAUAGCUCAGCAGAAUCUUACACACGUUCUGAAUGGACUAUGCCUGGUGGGCCCUGUCCGUCGAGGUGCAGGCGGAGAUGUAGUUGGUCUGUGUGCAGCCAUAGAAGCCUUGGCUGAGCCAACCCCUACACAAGCAGCUCGACAACCUACUGAUGUACCUUUUCAGAAUCGUGGUCGCAUAGUUUGCAUAACAAGUGCGAGAGAUGACGAUUCAAUACGCAGUCUCGCUGAGAUUGCGCUCAAUACGCUGGUCUCACAGAACAAGAAGGCGUCCUCGCCACAGCCGGCUACCACGACUGACGCGUCAACUAGCUCACAAUCUUUGGUUGUACACUACUGCCACUUAGUUAUAAUCAAUGUAACUCCAGAGAAAGCAGACACAAGAGUAAACAGUCAACCAGUUAUAGAGAUGGGAGGAGGCCUCAUGGGAGUGGAGGUGAUUGUGUGUCGUGCGAGUGUGUUAGCGAAUCUGUUGGGCCGAUUGGUUCUGCCGCACUACCGGCUAGCUACCACUACUGUCACUGGUAUUCCUAUGAAGGAAGAACAAAACGCAAGUUCGAGUGCGAACUACGACGUAGAAAUAAUACAUUCCGCGGAAGCGCACGCCGGCCUCAGAGCGCUGCAAACCGCCGCCGAAUCUGUUGAAUCUGUGGUGCUCCGCUGGUGGACGCCGCGGGGCGCGGAGGGCGGCGCGGGGGGCUGCAACGGGCCGCUGUGGCGCGUGACGCCGGCCGACGUCGCGUCGCGGCCCUCCGCCUGCCUCGUCAACUUCCUGCUCAACGGACGCUCCGUCACGCUGGAAGUGCCCAGUGGUUCAAGGAAGGGGGGCGGGCGCUCGGCGUCGCACGUGCUGGCGGCGCAGGGCGGCGAGCUGUGGAUCGGCGCGCUGGGGGGUCGCACCCCCUACGAGGACCCGCCCGCGCUCUCUGAGGGUGCCGGUGGACGCGUCACCGACUACAGGAUCAAAGAGUUCGGCGCCCUGAUGCAGCAGAACAAGCUGCACCCGCUGCGCGGCGCGGGCGCCAACAGCCGCGCGCGCUCGCGCCUGCAGCGGCACACCACGUACUGGCCGCUCACCAUCUCCUCCACACUCAUAUUUAACUUGGGCUCCGUAAUGGAGCCUUUGACCCGCUUAGUAGUCCAGGAGUCGCUGACAGAGGAGGAGGUGGACUCGUGUAGAGGCGUGCUGCUAUCACUGCUGGGGAUGGAAUCGCGGCACGAAUUCCCUACUUCACAAUUGCCAUCGAAUUUGAGGGGCAAGUCGUCGGGCCGUCGCGAGGAGCAGUGGCGGCAGGUGUGGGGCGAGCUGGAGGCGCUGGUGCGCGCGCACUCCGCCUCGCCCGCGCACCGCGCGCUGCUGCGCACGCUGCUCGAGUGCCGCUCGCACAACAACCACAACGACGGCGAGUCAUCGCGUGCGUCCGUCAUAAGGGCGACGACCGACUCGCCGCUGUCGCCGGUGGGCGCGGGCAACGGCAACGGCAACAGCAACAGCGACGUGUGGGCGCCGCGCAACGUGCUGGACGCGCUGCUGGGCGCGCCCCGUCCGCCGCGCCGGCAGGACUUCGCGGGGCGCAUGGCGGCCGGCAACCGCGUCGCCACGCUGUACCAGCACUUGCAGCAGGAGGAGACCACGCACUGACUGUGUA